AUGGAGGUCUCGACAGAAUAUGGCUAUCGAUAUCGAGCACUAUCGGCUGCCGACUCAGUCCGCCUGCUCACAAUCUCCAGAGCAGAUGAUCAGCCUCAUGGUAUGCUUCUCUCACUAAAGGAGGCACAUCUGGAUGACCAACCAAAUUUUGCGGCAUUGUCGUACACCUGGAAGCUUCCUGAAUAUGUCAAUCGGGGUAACUUGGAAGACCAAGAGUGCGGGGUAACAAUCGAAGUCAUCUGCGACGGGAAGGCGAUGGCCAUCUCGGAGAACUUGUUCAACUUCCUUUGCGCCGCGUUGCACGCCUCCGAAACAGAUGACGGGGCAUCAGACACCAAGACAAAGUUGGCGUCCAAAGUCAGUGGCAUCUUGAAGGAUCUACCAUUAUGGAUAGAUGCCUUCUGCAUCAAUCAGAGUGAUUCUGAAGAGAAGCGGCAUCAGGUUCUCCUCAUGCACAGGAUAUAUAGCGCCGCGAGGAACGUUAUUAUCUGGCUAGGGCCUUCGCGACCACACCCAGAUGUUCUAUGGGUUCACGACAAGUUCAUCCCAGCCAUCUCCAAGGCCACACGAAUGAAGCCCGAAUUUGUGGAAAGGUAUCUGAAGAAGGAUGCCGUGUGCAGCUCCGUGGAAGUAAUGGAGGAAUUUGGCCCGGAGUUGUGCACUCGCUGGCUCUCGGCAUGGCUCCAAUUCGUCAUCUACAUCGACCGCCAAUGCUGGUUUGAUCGUGGCUGGAUUGUCCAAGAGGUUGCACUCUCGGAUCCCUCCAAUGUUUACGUAUGUUGCGGAGGAUCUGUUCUCAGUUGGAAACGGCUCGCUGCCUUUUCCCAGUUUCUUCAGGAGACUGGGUGGUGUUCUACUCUUAUGGAGAGAAUCGAGAAGAUCGCCGCUACAGGGGGUCUUCAAAGCCUUGAACACAAGAAAAUUGCAUACCCUGCGCAAGUUAAUACGAGAAUACUCAAAAUCAGCCAAGCUCGGACGUCGCUCGCUGGAGUUGCCCAGCAGACGGGGCUUCUCGUGGAUGCCAGGUCUGCCUGGAACGGAAAGCUGGAACUCGGGUGGCUCAACUGUGCCAAUUUCUUGAUCAACUCGCUUCGCUCCUCGAAAUUUAGCGAUGACCGCGAUCAUAUCUAUGGAUGCUUGGAACUGUCACGGAUCGGAAAACGAUCUUCGCGGCGAUACCCCAAGCUGCCGUCCUGGGUACCUGACUACUCUAUUGAGAAGGGUUCCCGCCUGGUGGCAAACUGGAACUUCCCCAUCAACCGAUACUUGGACUUGACGAUUCCUGAGCUACAAGACAUUGAGAUACAGAUAUGGGGAUCUGAUUUGAGACGACCGAAGCUGAUAGGAUCUGUCCUUUAUGUUCAUGGGUUUCUGUUGGACACCGUACUGGAGGAAAGUGCUGACAGGCCUUUCGGGUGGGAGUCUCGAGGCAUCCAAGCUUUGAUGGUGAAAUCUGGACCAAAUGCAGAGGACUUCACCGGUUUCUGGAAGACGCUAGCAUUCAUUCAUGCGAACACCAAGUUGGAGAAUGAAACAUCGUUUGCUAGCGUGAUGGAGGAAAUUUCUGCUAACCGGUGGAAAACCUUGACACAAGGACCAAAUCAGCAGUUGAAGGAAUCAUCAGCAUCUGCAAUGCUUCAACCGCAAAAUGCUGUGCGAGUAGAGUUGGUAGAUAGGGAGAUUUAUUCUACGGAAGGGCAUGAGCUUGGGCUAGGGCCUCCUGAGGUACGAGAGGCAGAUGAGGUAUGGCUGUUGGAAGGUGCUCGUACUCCAUGCAUCUUACGCAGAGUCGAAUCCACCUUUGAUGAUAAGUCACGCAAGGAAGACGACCCCGGAAGAUACGAGUUUAUCGGGGAGACUGACCUACGCGGCUUCAAUGUUCGGUCUACAGAUCUCACUUCUAAGGCGAGUAGGGGCUUUUACGAGAUAAUCAGUCUCGUGUGA